GUACACUGGUGGGACGGGCAGAAGUGAAGGCAGGGAAGGGCACAGGAAGUGCAGGAGAGAAGGAUCGCACAACCUGUCUUUGAAUCUACAGAGUGGAAACCUCUUUCUUUCUAUCUAUCCAGGAACAAAAUCAAUGUAGAGUAUCUGAAAGAAAGAGAGUUAGAAGACAAAAAAGAAAUGGGAGAGCAUACAACGGGUCUAAACUGAGUGAUGAUGAAGCAACUGGUAUUGGUGCUGGCCAUUUGGCCUUUGUUUUCCUCACUGCAGCUGCUGAAGCAAGUGGGUUCAAAUCAGUGUAGCAACAACAGUUAUGUGAUCGAUGUGAUGCUCAUGAACUACUCGGAUUUCCCAUCAAGUACUGAUAGUUUGAAGUUCGUUGUGAACCUAGCCUUGGAAAGGGUACGAAAGGAAUUCCAGUUGACAGGAGAAAAUGUUACAGUGAAUGCCAGUUUCCAUCUCUUUAAUUCAUCACUCUAUGUCUCACAAGCCUGCCGUACUAGCACCUGUGAAGGUGUGGAGCUCAUCAGAGCCAUUUAUCAAUCUGGCAGGAUUGGCUGUGCUGUCAUAGGACCCGCUUGCACUUAUGCCACCUUCCAAAUGGUCUCACUUGAAACAAUACUGAGCCUGCCAAUGAUCUCUGUAGGGAGUUUUGGAUUGUCCUGUGACUUCAAAGUAAACCUAACCCGCCUUCUGACCCCAGCCAGGAAACUGAACCAAUUCUUCUUUCAUUUUUGGAAACAUUCUAAGCUGCCAUUCAAAACCACGACCUGGGAAUCUGUCUAUAUUUACAAGAGGACUGAAACCUCAGAGUCAUGCUUCUGGUAUAUGAAUGCUUUAGAUGCUGGAGUCACAGAGUUCUCUGAAAAACUCAAGUUCAAGGAAAUUUUAAGAACUCCAGAGCUGCUUAAAAAAACUGUGAAAAAUCCAAACCGGAAAAGCAAUGUGAUCAUCAUGUGUGGGUCUCCAGAGGACCUCAGCACAGACCUAGGGACGGAGAAGGUGGAUAAUGACAUCGUAAUCAUCCUGAUAGAUCCCUUCAAUAACGUGUACUUCAAGAAGAACAUCUCAGCUGAUUACAUGCACAAUGUACUUGUCCUGACUCUGCCACCAGCUAAUUACAGCUACAAUACUGUAAUUAGAGACUAUGAAGAGAUGGAGGACAUCCUGAUGGAAGAUGACUUUCUUGCUGGCUAUUUUAAUGCAGUGUUGCUGUUUGGACAUAGUGUCAAGAAAUUUGUCACCUCCCAGAGCCCUGUGUCACCUUUCAGUUUAAUCAAGGAAUUCCGAAAUACCACUUUUGAAGGUAUAGUGGGUCCUGUGAUUCUGGAUGAAUUUGGAGACAUUGAUAACAAUCUGACCGUGCUGUACACAUCACAGACUGCAAAUUAUUUCAAACCUCUUCUGUAUUUCAACACUCAAAGCAAUAGGACAUACGAAGCGACUAAGAGCCCGGAUUUCAUUUGGAAGAACCACAAGCUGCCCAGUGAUACUCCAGGCACUGGCCCACACGUCUUGACUAUUGCUGUCUUUACACUGACGGGAAUUGUGAUUCUGGUUCUGAUCAUCUCUUUGCUGAUUCUAAGGAAGUACAGGAGAGAUAAUGAGCGCCGGUGGAAGAAAUGGUCCCAUAUACCACCUGAGGAAAUCCUGCCUCUGGAGACCAGUGAGACAAGUCAUGUUAGUUUGAAGAUUGAUGAAGAUAAGAGACGUGACACCGCCCAGAGACUGCGCCAGGGCAAGUAUGACAAGAAGGUGGUGAUCUUAAAGGAUCUCAAAAACAGUGAUGGUAAUUUCUCAGAGAAGCAAAAAAUAGAACUGAAUAAGCUCCUACAGGUUGAUUAUUACAACCUGACCAAGUUCUAUGGCACUGUGAAGAUAGACACCAUGAUCUUUGGGGUGAUUGAGUACUGUGAAAGAGGUUCUCUGCGGGAUGUUUUAAAUGAUAAAAUAUCCUACCCCGAUGGCACGUUCAUGGACUGGGAAUUUAAAAUCUCUGUCAUGUAUGAUAUUGCCAAGGGGAUGUCUUACCUCCACUCAAGCAAAACUGAAGUCCAUGGUCGACUCAAAUCCACAAAUUGUGUAGUAGACAAUCGCAUGGUAGUGAAGAUCACUGAUUUUGGCUGUAAUUCAAUUCUGCCUCCAAGGAAAGACCUGUGGACAGCUCCUGAGCACCUCCGGCAUGCUGAUGUAUCUCAGAAGGGUGAUGUGUACAGCUAUGGGAUCAUUGCCCAAGAAAUCAUCCUACGCAGAGAGACAUUCUACACUGGACACUGCCGGGACAGCAGAGAGAAACUUUACAGAGUGGAGAGUGGCAAAGGAGCAAAGCCUUUCCGACCAGACCUGACCUUGGAAACAGUGGGAGAAAGACAGGUGGAAGUAUAUACACUAGUGAAAAGCUGCUGGGAGGAAGAUCCAGAAAAAAGGCCUGACUUUAAGAAAAUUGAGAGUACUCUGGCUAAAAUAUUCAGUAAUUUCCAUGGCCAGACCACUGAAAGCUACAUGGAUACCCUGAUCCGACGUUUACAGCUCUACUCCCGGAACUUGGAACACCUGGUGGAGGAAAGGACAGAGCUGUACAAAGCAGAGAGAGACAGAGCAGACAGGCUUAACUUCAUGUUACUUCCCAGGCCAGUAGUAAAGUCUUUGAAGGAGACUGGCCGGGUAGAGCCAGAGCUGUUUGAAGAAGUCACUAUCUACUUCAGUGACAUUGUUGGCUUCACUACGCUCUGCAAAUACAGCACCCCUAUGGAGGUGGUAGAUAUGCUCAACGAUAUCUACAAGAACUUUGACCACAUUCUUGACCAUCAUGAUGUUUACAAGGUGGAGACCAUUGGUGAUGCUUACAUGGUGGUGAGUGGUUUACCAAAGAGGAAUGGAAAUCGGCAUGCCGUGGACAUCUCCAUGAUGGCUCUGGACAUCCUCAGCUUCAUGGGAUCUUUUGAACUGAGACAUCUGCCAGGGCUGCCUGUUUGGAUUCGCAUUGGAAUUCACUCAGGUCCAUGUGCGGCUGGUGUGGUUGGAAUAAAAAUGCCUCGCUACUGUUUAUUUGGAGAUACAGUAAACACAGCUUCACGGAUGGAAUCCACAGGCUUGCCUUUGAGGAUUCAUGUAAGUGGUUCCACAAUUAACAUCCUGAAAAGAACAGACUGCCAAUUCCAGUAUGAAGAGAGAGGAGAAACGUACUUGAAGGGCAGAGGAACAGAAAUUACCUACUGGUUGACGGGUACUAAGGACAAGAAAUACAAUCUCCCAACACCUCCUUCUGUGGAGAAUCAGCAGCGGUUACAAGAUGACUUAGCAGAGAUGAUAACCAAUAGUCUUCAGAAAAGGGAAAAAGAAGGAUCCAAGGCACAGGAGCUUUCACGGGUAGGUAGCUACCGAUCAGGUACCCUGGAAUACCUGCAACUGGUCAGCACAGAGAAUUUUACCACAUAUGUUUAAGACUCGAUAUCUAGUAUGACUCAAAAAGCUGCAGGAACUCUCUGGACAACUUCAUGUGGAGGCUGGAGGCUUAUAGAUUCUGUUAGAGGAAAAAGAAAACACCUUGUCAAGCACCCUUUUAACCGUCCAACCUGCUAUCAGUAAAUCAAACCUCUCUUCACUGUAACAUUGAAAUUGUUGGAUGACUUUGUUAGGACAUACGCAGCAUGAUUUGAGGUAAAUGAAAAUGUUUGCACUUGAGUCUGGAAAAUAGUGGGGUUUUUUUUGUUUUAGUUAGGUUUGGUUUUUUUAACUGUGAUAGCCUGUUCAAAAGUCCACUUCUGAAAAUAUUCACAGGAAAACCUUAAUUUGUCAUGAUCUUUAGAUGUUGUAUUUAAUUUGCAAUUUUUAUUUGAAAAUAUCAUUAAACAUAUCAUAUGUAAAACCUGGAUAU